UUGAAUGGAAGCCAACAACAAAAGAUAACGGUUCUCCAGUCACAGGCUAUGUUAUUGAGUCCAGACCUAGCACCAGAGCAAGAUGGAGCAAAGUGGCUAAGAUGGAUGACAACACCACCAAAUACUCUCCCAAAGACCUCAUUGACUAUCUGUUCAGGGUGUCUGCUGUUAAUGAGGAGGGACAAGUCUCACCACUAGAGACCAAAGAACCUGUGAGACUUAAGAGGAAGAUAGAUGUUCUAACUUCACCAAGACAAGUCAAAGUGUCUAAACUUGGUCCCGAUUUUGUGACACUGGAUUGGAAAUCACUGUCUUCAGAUGGAGGCUUCAAGGUGACAGGGUAUGUGGUGAAGCAGAAGAGAGGCUCUGAUGGUGACUGGGAGGAGGUGGCCACUCUAAAGGCCAUUGAGACGUCUUACAAGGUCCCCAAACUUGAUGAAGACCAAGAGUAUUUCUUUUCUAUAACUGCCCUGAACCAGAACGGACAAGGAGAAACCUGUGAACUGGACACGUCUGUUGUUCCAAAGAGACCUCCAGAAAAACCGUCGCCACCAGUUGGUCCAGUCAUACUCUCAGACAUUCAGAAAACCUCUUUGGUGUUAGCCUGGAAACCCAGCAAGAAUGAUGGCAGAUCUCCUCUAACAGCUUACUAUAUUGAAAUGAGGGACCUUAAUAAUGGAUCCUGGUCUGCAGUCACCAAAGUGACCCCAGACAUCACCAGCUACUGUUUCUUAUGAUUUUGUUUUAAGAUUGUCUAGAAAUGGUGUUUGGAACUGGAGAUAAAGAAGAUCCCCCAAGCAAAGAA